AUGAGUUUGUACGAGCUGGCUAGCGACAGUGGAGUUGAAUUCAUUUUGUUUUCGUACGGGAGCUUGGUAGGUGACUGCAAAACCUGUCUUGUACCCACGCACUGCCUUCAAAACAACAAAGCCGGUCAGAUAUGCAUCGUUCCUGGUUUUGAUUACAUAGUCAACCCUCAACAAUGCAAUUUCAACUUGGUUCCCGAUAUCUCAACCUUCAUCAUACUGCCCUGGAAAAAAAAAUUUGCCUGGAUUCUCUGUAAUAUAUCAUACAAUGGAAAGCCGUUUGCUCAGUGUCCCAGGACCAUAUUACAGAAAAUAAGAACUGAAGCUCUGGAUAUGGGGUAUUUGAUGAAGUGCGGAUUUGAACCGGAGUUUACCUUGCUGAAAGAGAAUGGCUCAGCAUUGGCCGAUCCUUUAGAAUCAAGACUUGCUUUAAACCAUCAACAAGCAAGAGCUAUUAUGAGUUUUGAACCGUUCCUCACUGAAGUUCAUGACGCCAUGCAUGCGCUCGGCUGGGCUCCUUAUAUGGAAGUUGCAAGGAAACAUGGAUUUUUAGCUACCUUCAUGCCGAUGCCGUUUCAAGAUUACCCUUGUGCAAAUGGAUUACACACGAACAUGUCAAUAUGGAAAGCUGGUGGUGAUGAAAUUAAUCUGUUGCCCGGAUGUCAGAGUUCAGAUGAUGACGACGAUGAUGAUAGGACUGAGCGUUUGUUUGGACUUCCAAAGUUAGCAUACAACUUCAUCGCUGGUUUGCUGUCUCAUGUUGAAGAAUCCUGCGCCAUAUUUUGCCCAACUGUCAACAGCUACAAAAGCAAUGUGCUGAAAUAA